AACAACCUCGUUUAAUGACCACUUUUUUCUCUCUAAAGGUUACUUUCUUUUGAGUUAGUCAAGCACGUAUUGAACACGGAUUAAUACUCUCCCGCUCUUUUGACAUCCAUAUUAUUAGCCCAAGAAAAAAAAAUCAAGAAAUGUAGCUCAAGGAAGGAUGGCCUUUUGGAACAAAAAUGUCCCUUCUUCUUCUUCAUCUUCUAACUAUUUUCCAAUCUUAGGCCUUCUUUCCCUCCUCCUCUUACAUCCUACCACCACCACCACCUCCUCCUCCUCUUUUGCUAACGCCAUUCGCGUUGUUGCCAUCCAAAAACCUACCUCCGAUGACAUACCUUCCUUCCGAGAAGCACCUGCCUUUCGCAAUGGCAAUGCAUGCAGCUCACGUGACAUAGACAAAAUCCAAAUAGUAAUGCCUGUUGAUGCCAAUUACAUUAGGGGCACAAUGGCUGCAGUAUUGUCUAUUUUGCAACAUUCAACAUGCCCAGAAAACACUUCCUUUCAUUUCCUUUCCAUUCAUCUUGAGCCUGAGAUUAUUUCCCUUAUCAACUCCACUUUCCCUUACCUAAGCUACAAAAUCUACCACUUUCAUCCUAAUCGUGUUAGGGGAAAGAUAUCCAAGUCAAUUAGACAAGCCCUGGAUCAACCUUUAAAUUAUGCAAGAAUUUACCUCUCAGAUAUUCUCCCCAAGGACGUGCAUCGCGUAAUUUACUUGGACUCAGAUAUCAUUGUUGUGGAUGAUAUUGCCAAGUUAUGGGGGGUGGAUUUGGGAGAUAAAGUCUUGGCUGCCCCAGAAUAUUGCCAUGCAAACUUUACAAACUAUUUUACAGAUACAUUUUGGUCGGACGUGAAUUUGGCGAAAACAUUUGAGGGAAGACGGCCAUGUUACUUCAACACAGGUGUAAUGGUGAUGGAUCUUGAUGAAUGGAGGAAAGGAGGGUACACACAAAAGGUUGAAGAAUGGAUGUUAAUACAAAAGCAAAGAAGAAUUUACCAUUUGGGGUCUUUGCCUCCAAUUCUGCUUGUGUUUGCAGGAAACAUUAAGGCAGUUGAUCAUAGAUGGAACCAACAUGGAUUAGGUGGUGACAACUUUGAAGGAAAAUGUAGGGGACUUCACCCUGGACCCAUCAGCCUACUGCAUUGGAGUGGCAAGGGUAAGCCAUGGUUGAGACUGGAUGCUCGAAAGCCCUGUACCAUCGAUUACUUGUGGGCACCGUACGAUCUGUAUCGUUCAACCAGAGUUGCAUUAGAAGAGUGAGAGAGAGAGAACUGAAUAGAACUCAAGAUAGAUUGAUAGAAAGAGAACUUGCUGCAUUUGAAAAUGAAAUGGUGCAAACAUAGAUGCAAUAUAAUUGCACUGUAAGACAUUGUCAGGGAAGAAUGAUUAAGAUUACAGCUAAUAGUCCUAAGGCUUGAGAUGUAGAAUCCUUAGGCCUUGUAAUCUAAAGAAUGAAGCUAAAAGAGUCUACAGGUAUAUUAGACAUCGAUAGCUAAGAAAGGAAUUCACGAAAGUGAAUGAACUUAAUUGUUCUCCCCUUAUUAGGCUUUGUACAUUCGUUUUUCUUGAUUGUAAAGGUUAAGUGUUAAUUUUUGAAUGUUUCCUUCAUGAA